AUAGUUUAGGGUUUCCACAAACAACCACCAAAUUACGCCGCCGCAGCGCCGCCAUGAGCAACCAGAACACACGGCGGAAGAAGCAGAAACUGACGCCGGAGUCGCAAUUCCGGUGUACAUUGGAUCAGUGCUCCAAAUCGAAGGACCUCUCCGCCGCCAUCACUCUCUACGAAUCCUCCUCAAAUCCAACCCUCACUCUCAACAAUCUCAAUUCCUUGCUAUACAUCUGCUCCGAAGCCCUAUCCAAUCCAAAUAUCCGACAAUCCGCAAUUGACUUCGGAUUCAAGCUGUUCCGCAACCACAGCAAUGAAAACCUCAAUCCAAACGAGGCGACGCUCACGGCCGUGGCUCGGUUGGCGGCGGCGAACGGCGAUGGAGACUACGCGUUCGACCUCGCGAAAAGCGUGAUGAAACAAUGUGCAGCGCCGAAGCUUAGGACUUUCACGCCGGCGUUGAAUUGCUUUUGCGGCGCCGGAGCGGCGGAUAGGGCUUAUGAAGUGGAGGAGCAUGUGGUGUCGGCGGGGCUUCAGCUGGAGGAACCUGAGCUCGCGGCAUUGCUGAAGGUGAGUGUCGAGACGGGAUGGGAGGACAAGGUUUACGAGUAUUUGCACAAACUGAGAAGGACAGUAAGAGGGGUCGAAGAGUCAACAAUGGCAACCAUAGAGAGUUGGUUCAGAAAGGACAAGGCACUUGAUGUGGGUUUAGUUAGUUUGGAUACAGAACAGAUCAAGGAAGCGGUUGCAAAGAAUGGAGGUGGGUGGCAUGGACUUGGGUGGCUUGGGAAGGGCGAGUGGGUCCUGCAGAAAACGAAUGUGGCCUCAGAAGGAACGUGCCCUGCCUGCCGUGAACAGUUGGUUUGCGUUGAUACCAAUAGAGCAGAGACUGACAAGUUUGCGCAAUCAAUUGCUUCUUUAGCCAUGGAAAGAGAACGUCAGCCAAAUUUUAAGGAGUUCCAGGAGUGGCUGGAGCAACAUUCUGGAUAUGAAACUCUGGUAGACGGAGCAAAUAUUGGUCUAUACCAGCAAAACUUUGCACAGGGUGGCUUUAGUAUUACACAGCUUGAUGCCGUUGUGAAAGAAGUUCAUAGAAAGACACAAAAACAGCCACUUGUUGUGUUGCAUAGACAACGUGUGCUCUCGCUACUCGAGGAUGCUUCUAAAAGAGAGCUCAUUGACGAGUGGAUGGAUCAGGGAGUGCUAUAUGAAACACCAUUCGGAUCAAAUGAUGAUUGGUAUUGGCUUUAUGCUGCUGUGAAACUGAAGUGCUUGCUAGUAACAAACGAUGAAAUGAGAGAUCAUAUCUUUGAGCUCCUCGGGAGCAAUUUUUUCUCCAGAUGGAAGGAAAGACAUCAGGUGAGAUAUACAUUCGUAAAAGGCAGUUUAAAGCUUAUCAUGCCGCCUUCAUAUUCUGUCAUUAUCCAGGAGUCUGAGAAGGGAUCAUGGCAUGUACCCUUAGCUGGGGAAAUUAGUGACGAGUCUUCACGAACUUGGCUAUGUGCAACAAGAUCAGGAUCAAAUGAAAGCUGAUAGUAAUUCUACACAGGCGUCUGUGUGAACCAAGAACACGGUAACAACUGUGAUGGUUUCUUGAAAAUCUAACUUUAUACCCUUGCCCGGGGAAUUUAGUGAUGAGUCUUCACGAACUUGGCUAUGCGCGACAAGAUCAGGAUCGAAUGAAAGCUGAUAGUAAUUCUACACAAUCGUCUGCUGGAACCUAGAACGCGGUAUCACUAACAACUGUGAUGGUUUCUUGAAAAUUUAAUUUUAUACCCCCUGGCUUACAAACAGAUCAACUCCCAGUGUUUGUUUUUUUGUUUUGGAUUUUAUCCACCUACUUUAUUCUCUCUUC